AGGCGAAAAACGCGCGAAAAGUAUGUCCUCACGCAGUUCGAGCAAUUAUUCAACAAGGACGCACUUCCUAAUUUAGGAUAACUACAUCCAAUCGCAAAAAAAUAAAUCUCCAGUUUGAGUUUCCAACCCGAAGCUUUCAGCAUCUUUUUCUGCUUGUCAAGAUCGGUGUUAACUCUCAAAAUCAGUCGAUAGUAUCGUAACCAGGAGGUUCGGGCGCCCUAACCUCUCUUCGUUCCUCUAAAAACCAAAACAAGAGGCAACCUGUCAAGAUGAUAAUCCUCUUUUCAAAAAUUAUAAGCUGCUCCUCUGAACAUCCAGACUUCCCAGCCUCGAACCUUCUGAAGAACCCUCCACCAGAAUUUUCGAAUUCCUGUUAACAGGACCCUGGAAGUGCGAGAAGCCGGGCGUACUCCUCACUAACCUGAUCUUCAAAUUCUCCGAGGAGAUGUGCAUAACGGGCCUGGAUAUUUCCAAUUACCGUUCGUGCAUAGUAAUAGUGACAGCCUCCACCGAGUCCGACCCAGACACCUGGAUUCCCAUUAUCAAUCACCAGUUUCUCAGCCACGAUGAGGCAGCCAACAAUAAAUUCCGAGACCAAGUUCAGCUCUUCACAAAGAAAGAGCUCAACACCGAGACAUUAAAGGUGAAAUUCAGCAGGGCGAAGGUCACUUGUAUGCAGUCAGCGAACACCAAAACCCUGUUCGGCCUGUCCUCCAUAAUCCUGAGGGGUGAGGCUCCCCUGCCCCUGGAUGUCAACGUCCUGGGGAGGUUCAGACUAAAAACAACGGACCCCGAGAAGCCUAAGAAUGACUUCAAAGCGAAAUUCCUGAGACUGUUCCCCGAGAAGCAAAAAGAUUACAGAGAACAGAUCAAGGAGACGAUCAAACAGAAUGGAAUUGACGAUUUUAACAAGCGGCAGGAGGAAGGUGGAACCGUCAAGAAGAGACCCCUGCUGGAGAAGCUGGAGGCUGGUAAGGGUGAGGAGGUCUUCGGGAAAAAAAAUUCCAAGGACGAGGAGACGAGGGAAGUAAGACGAACGCCAUUUGGGGACAUUAUUCCAGAAAAAGAUAAUUCCAACAGGAAGGGAAAGGAUACGCCAAGAAGACGCAGUAGCAUCGUUCCUGAUAACGAUGGCGAAGUGGAGAGGAAGACGAAGGAGAAGGAUGAGGAAAAUAAUUCAGACAAGAAGAUGAAAAAUUCUGAGAGGGCUGGCCCCUCUAAACGACGAUCGCACUUCGUUGAUUCUGAUUCAGACGAGGAUGACGAGAAAAAUGUUGAAAAGAAGACCGUCAAUGGAAAGAAAGCGACGAGUGGAAAUGACACUACUGCCUCGUCCCCUGGAAAAUGCUCGGUUUGUACUGAUAGAGUUCAGGACAGACCCUGUCAAAAUUGCGGUCGACUUCCAAAACAAAAAGCUGUGAAAACUCCGCAAGUGAAGAAGCCGCGGGUCGAGGCAAAUCGUAAAAAAGAGUUCACCAAGCUGAUGGAGGACAUCCGCUUCUCCUUGAGUGGAUAUGUUAAUCCUCAGAGAGAUGAGAUCAGGAGGAAGGGGCUCAAAAUGGGGGCUCGAUAUGUUGCUAAUCCCAAUGUCACAAAUGAUAGGUGUACACAUCUGAUAUGCGCCUUCAGGAAUACUCCCAAGUCACAGCAGUUGAAGGGCCAUGCGAAGAUCCUGUCUCAUCUGUUCAUUGAGGAGGCUUUUGAUAAUAAAAAAAGAUUUCCCUGGAGGCGUUAUGCAAUCGACAGAUCUGAACAAACGCAGCCAGAAAGUGAGGAAGAAGUCGAGGGAACAGACUCCCCCAUACCUCUACCAAGUCCAUAUGAACAACAGACUGAUUCCGAGUCCGAGGAGGACUACUGAACCUCCAAAACAAUUCGUUACUCAUCAUUCAACGGAAAUUGCGAACUGGUUUCACUUGUACAUAUCCAGAAUGAAAUCGUUCUGCAUCGUCCUUCAUGCAACGGAACAUUAUUUAUAAAUAUAUUUGUAAAAGAAACACUGUUAUUUCUAUAUUUUUCAUUAAAAAAUAGACUUCGCCCAAGGAAA